AUGCCCGCUGUCCAGUCAGACGAUCCAAUGUCUGACCCAGUGCCCGCGGUCAUACCAGUUGACUCGGAGCCCACUGCCUUGCCAGAUGACGCGGUGCCCGCUGUCGAGCCAAAUGACCUGAUGCCUGGUGACCCGAUGCCCGCUGUCCAGCCAGACGAUCCAAUGUCUGACCCAGUGCCAGCGGUCAUCCCAGUUGACUCGGAGCCCACUGUUGUGCCUGACCUGUCGCUCCGCCUGGGGGUCCGGCGCCCGCCGCUCCGCCUGGGGGCACGAUGCCUGUCGCCCCGCCUGGGGGCACGGUGCCUGUCGCCCCGCCUGGGGGCACGAUGCCUGUCGCCCCGCCUGGGGGCCCGAUGCCGGUCGCCCCGCCCGGGGGCCCGGUGCCUGUCGCCCCGCCCGGGGGCCCGGUGCCUGUCGCCCCGCCCGGGGGCCCGGUGCCUGCCGCUCCGCCCGGGGGCCCGGUGCCUGCCGCUCCGCCCGGGGGCCCGGUGCCUGCUGCUCCGCCUGGUGGCCCGCUGCCUGCUGCUUCACCUGGUAAUCCGAUGUGCCUCUGCCCGGAGUCCUGCCCGAUGUGCCUCUGCCCGGAGUCCUGCCCGAUGUGCCUCUGCCCGGUGUGCCUCUGCCCGGAGUCCUGCCCGAUGUGCCUCUGCCCGGAGUCCUGCCCGAUGUGCCUCUGCCCGAUGUGCCUCUGCCCGGAGUCCUGCCCGAUGUGCCUCUGCCCGGUGUGCCUCUGCC